UGAUUUUGCUCAAAAAGUUCAAAAUGUCCGCGGUAAAAAGAUUGAAGAAAAAUGAUGCUGGCGAAUCGUCUAGUAUUUAUCCAGUUGAGCAACCAAAGAAUCUCAUAUAUACCGAUUUCAAAGAUUGGACUGUGCAUCAGGUCUGUGAACAUCUAAUGCAGAAUGAUCUAAACGAUGUUGCAGUUGUAUUUGAAAGAGAAGCCAUUGCUGGAGCCGUACUCAAAGAUCUCACCGAGGAACACUUACAGAAAAUGGAAAUCAAACCUAUGGGGCAAAGACUAAAAGUGUUACAGCUCAUAAGGGAACUCCACAGCUUGGCUGAUGCUGAACAUAGUACUAAGGUGUUUAAUGACCCUAUCCAUGGUCACAUCGAGGUGUCUUCUCUGUGUGCAGCCAUCAUUGAUACAAAACAGUUCCAACGUUUACGAUUCUUGAAGCAGUUGGGAGGGUGCUACUGGGUGUUCCCUGGUGCCACUCACAAUAGAUUUGAACACUCAAUUGGUGUGUGCUGGUUGGCUGGCCAACUGGUACGUGCUAUUCGAACUAGACAACCAUUCCUACAUAUUACGGAUGCAGACAUCAUCUGUGUACAGAUAGCAGGGCUGUGCCAUGACCUGGGACAUGGUCCAUUCUCUCAUAUGUUUGAUGGGAAGUUUAUUCCCAAGAUAGAUAAGAACAGUAAAUGGAGGCAUGAGGAUGCUUCAGUUCAAAUGUUUGACUAUCUCGUAGAAGACAACAAUCUAAUCCCAUUGUUUGAACAACAUGGUUUAACAGAAAGAGACCGUAUCUUCAUCAAAGAACAGAUUGCUGGACCUUCUACACGAAACAAGAAUUGGAACUAUCGCGGUCGUCCAAAAUCCAAGAGCUUCCUAUAUGAGAUUGUAGCAAAUAAAAGGAAUGGCAUUGAUGUGGACAAGUGGGAUUACUUUGCCAGAGAUUGCCACCAUUUAGGGUUUAAUAACAACUUUGACCAUUUACGGUUCAUCAAGUUUGCCCGUGUUUUGGAAGUUGAUGGGGUUCCCCAGAUCUGCUCCAGGGAUAAGGAAGCGAAUUGUCUGUAUGAUAUGUAUCACACACGAAAUGUGUUACACCGCAGAGCAUACAAGCAUAAAGUGAAGAACAUAGAAGUGGGCAACCUGUACGACAUGUUCCACACAAGGUCUGUUUUACACAGACGGGCGUACCAACACAAAGUCAACAAUAUUGUUGAAACAAUGAUAACCGAAGCCUUAGUGGAAGCUAAUGACCAUAUUCUGCUGGAGGGAAAAGAUGGUGUCAAAUGCAAGAUGUCUGAGGCCAUAUAUGACAUGGUGGCCUUCUGUCAGCUGAAUGACACCAUCUAUAACCACAUCUUAAUCUCCAAUGACCCAAAUUUAGACUCUGCCAAAGUAAUAUUGAAGAUGAUAGAACGUAGAGAAUUGUAUAGAUGUAUUGGGCAGACCCAGCCAAGAACACAUACAAAGGCACAUAAACUGGAUGAGGAUGUCAUCAGAAAAGAGGUGGCUGCCCACGUUCCUCCUAAAGAUAGAGAAUACAUCACUACAUCAGACCUAGUGGUGCACGUUAUUAAGUAUGACUAUGGCAUGCAUGAAAAGAACCCAAUGGACAAUGUUAGGUUCUACAAGAAAGACGAUCCUAACAAAGCAGUCAUGUUGCGUAGAGAACAGGUGUCCCAGAUGUUACCUGAGAAGUUUGCAGAGGAGCAUAUUCGUGUCUACUGUAAGAAAUCUGAUCCACGUAGCAUAGAGAUCUCACGUGCUGCAUUUGCUAACUGGUGUGAGAAUGAACAGGAUGUGGACAAACCGAGGGGAGGUGACAGUCUUGCCAUGGACAUGACACCCUGCAAACCACUGCAGCAAGAGAACGAAGAUAUCAGUGAUGAUGAGGAGCCACCUAUAGUUCCAUUCACAAACAAUUCAAGCCAAAAGAGAUUAUUCUAGUCACAUAGCAGAUUAGUUGUGAUAUCGGUUCAUGUUUCCACAUGCUUUUAUUCUGGGGGUACAUGGAAAACUGAAAGCGACGGAUUAAGACAUGACGUGGGUUUCAGCGCCAUCUGAAGGGGUCAUCGCUAAUUUGACGUCAUCUGUGGAUACAAAGCAGUCACUGUUGAAUCAUCCUCCUGUUAUAUCGAAUGGAUUUAAUAGGAAUCAUACAGCUGCUUUGUAAUUAUGUCGUGAACUCCUGUCUUGUGUUUUAAUCCAUCGAUUAUGAGAUAAAAAAUUCCAGAUUAGUUGCUGACUGUAUUUAUGUCUCUAAUGCU